UGUCAUACUUUUAUAUUGUUUGUUCUUAUCACUCACAAGCAACUCUAAAGAUUUAAAAUAAACAUUUUGCGUCAUUACACUAAGCGUUUAAUUACAUAAUGAAAUCGCGUAAUCAGAUAACGGUUAUUUUAUAAGGGAAUAUAUUCCAAAGAUUCAUCAUCAGUCACUAUUCUUUUUAAGCAUAUCUUGAAAAAAUGAAGAUCUUCAUCCUACUUUUUACCUCCAUGGUCUUCCUGAAUUUUACAGGGGCAAUGAUGAGAGGAAGAUAUUUGGAAGCGAGAAAACCUGCAAGAAAUCCACCAGCAGAUCCAACCGCAAUUCGCAUGCUGAUUCCUAAAGAUAGGCCAAUUUUGUUACAAAUGCCAGGUGACCAUGUUGUAAUGAGUAUUCUACGCGAAGAAAAAAGAGGGCUUCCUAGCUGGCUAAAUCCAAGGUCUCCAGGAUUUGAAAUGCCUGAGCGAAUUUUUAUAAAUGAACCUGGUGAACCUAGAAUCUAUGGUCUCAAAGCUGACUUUGGACAAACUCUCCAUAACAAGAAUGAUCCUCUUGUUCAAGGAUACACCUGCUUUAUAAGAAAAUCCACGGGUAUUUUAGCAGCGAGACUUCAGCCUAUCUCUCGACCUGAUAUAAUAAUGGAAACCCAUAAAAUGCCAUACGUUUUUCUACGAACCGAGCCUGACAACCUUAUUUAUGGGGGACCAAUAGCAACUCUUUCUAUAGAUAACAUUCCUAACUGGAUUAAUAAUUACGAUUUAUAGUUCCAGUGAAAUCGAAGAUUUCGAGAACAGUGGAGCUCGAGAUUAUUUUUUUCCGAGUGGAUCGUCGUACGAUCCAACAUUUAUUAUUUUGUGAAUUCUAAAUUGAAGAUGCCCUUUCACUUAUUGUAUUAUUAAUUCGAAACGUAUGUGUUUACCUCAUCGAUGAUCGAUAAUAUAUUUGACUCAUUGUAUUAUUAUUUGGGAACAGUUGUGUUGACCUGCUCGAGGACCUUUUUUGCUUAGCUUCUUGGAUCGUCUGCGAUAGGUUAAUUAGCAAUAACAUUACAGCCUUAAUUGUAAUUCAAGUCGUGUGGAAUUUA